AUGCAGCUGCCAUCUAUGCUGCCCGCUCACCUGUCCCCUGGUCUCCCUUUCCCCCACCAUUUUGAUGCCCCCUCUUCCCCACAACUCUUUGCUGAUCUGAGGGACCCGGUAGCCCACCACCAGUAUGGCAUGGUUCAAAUUGCUGCUGUCGUUUCCGCAACGGAAUGCAAACCUCUGCAGAGGUUUAUCAUGUUUGGGGACACCUACCAUGCCACAGGGAUUCUCAAACUGCCUUAUGCCAAAAUACAGGAGCCCUUUGAGGCCUGGUUCAAUGCAGCAGAAGGAAACAGCCGGAUCCAGUAUUAUCAUGGCCAGGUGAUCACUUACCAGUGUGGCUCACUGAAACCUUUUGGGGUCAGCUUCAAGAUUACCCCAGAAACCACAGAAACCAGCCUGAAUAUCAGGAAAUGUUUCCAGGUCAAUGGCACAUCUAAGUUUCCUAUUAGGCCUCAAAAUGUCUUCCCUGUCCUGACUGAGUUCCAGGCUAUACGUCAGGAAACCUACAACGGAAGGAACUGCACAGUUCUGGAGAGUGUGUCGCACUGGGGCAAGAGAAAAAACAUCUAUACAUUAUGGGUGGCAAAUACUCCCACUGGGCUUGUGCCUGUGCAUUAUGAGAUGUCAGGAUAUAACACGCUCUUGGGCUCUCAUUAUGACAAGUAUGAGAUUGACUACAUCAGCUUUUCCCAGAUCUUCCCAUCCAAUGUCUUCGAUCUCCCUCACGACAUCAAAUGUGAAAACUGGCCCAAGCUGACACUUGAACACCAGAUCAUGGCCAAUCCCAUGCAGGAAUUUGUUGGGACUACGGGAGAGAUAAGCAGACACCAUGAUCAUCUCUUUCAGUGCUACAAGGAGAAAUUCAGGAAGACCUACAAGACCGAGAAGGACAUGGAGCACCGGAAACACAACUUCAUACAUAACAUGAGGUACAUUCAUUCCAAGAACCGAGCCAACCUGUCCUACAAACUGGCUGUGAAUCACUUGGCUGAUCGUACCGCAGAGGAGCUGGUAGUGCUGAGAGGAAGGUUAAAAACCAGGGGUCCCAGUAACAGGUGGUCUUUCCCAUCAAAAGGCUAUGAUAACCUCAGCCUGCCAGACAGCUUGGAUUGGAGGCUUUCUGGUGCUGUGACCCCUGUCAAGGACCAGGCUGUAUGUGGGUCCUGCUGGAGUUUUGCUGCCACUGGUACACUGGAGGGGGCACUCUUCCUGAAGACUGGAGUGUUGACUCCGUUGUCUCAGCAAGCUUUAAUUGACUGUUCCUGGGGCUUUGGAAACCAUGCUUGUGAUGGUGGGCAAGAGUGGCAUGCAUACGAGUGGGUUAUGAGACAUGGUGGAAUUCCUAGCACGGAAUCCUACGGGCCUUACAUGGGCCAGAAUGGCUAUUGUCACUACAACCAAUCAGAGUUGACAGCACAAGUCUCUGGCUAUUUCAGCGUGGACUCUGGAAACACUAACGCCCUGAAGGCUGCGCUCUACAAGCACGGCCCUGUGGCCAUAAACAUUGAUGCCUCCCACAAAUCCUUUGCCUUCUAUGCCAGUGGCAUCUAUUAUGAACCGGAGUGUGGAAACCAGACCAUAGAGCUGGAUCAUGCAGUCCUGGCUGUGGGCUACGGGAUUCUCCGGGAGCAGAGCUACUGGCUUAUCAAGAACUCAUGGUCCACCUACUGGGGAAAUGAUGGCUACAUUCUUAUGGCCAUGAAGGAGAACAACUGUGGGGUAGCAACUGCUGCCACCUACCCGGUCCUGGCCUGAAAGUCAUCAGGAACAUGGCAAACUAAUCAAUAUACAACUGGCCU